CUAAUGAGCUUACUGUUGCAAUAUAUAACACACCAAGUGGGUUUAUAUGAGACUGACAUACGAGCUAACAUUUCGCAAUCAUGUGCAUCACGUUGCCAGUCCGCCAGAGUAAGGUAGACUUUGUUCCAUUGGUACUGGUAUUUGCCCACAAAUAUUCUACAUCGACGAGAGAGAGAGAGAGAGAGAUGCUAAUGGUAUGAGUUCAUAUUUCCAAUCCAUCGUAAAUCCCUACUGCAACGGCGCAACGCCAUGUCUUCCUCCUCCAUGCGAAGCUUUCCCUCACAAACCGAGCCAGAAACCCGUGAGGAAACAGAAACCAGCCAAGAAAUCUACCGGCGUUGCGCCACCUCGGUCAUCUCCCUGCCGAAAUCAGACGGAUUGUCCCACCUCCAACUCUACCGUCACCACCAAGGAUGGCACGGCAGCCAGAUGUGCAUAGCCGGCGCCAUGGCCGCGGACGCGUGCUUCACCGCGCGGCCUUCGGACAUCGUCGUCGCCACCCUGCCCAAGUCCGGCACGACGUGGAUCAAGUCUCUCCUGUUCUCCACCGUGCACCGCAGAGAGCAUCCCGCGGACGCCGCCGACGUCCACCCUUUCAGCUCCUUCGGCCCCCACGAGUGCAUCAAGUUCCUGGAGUACCAAGUCUACACCGGCAAGGAGAUUCUUCCAGACGACGUCGACGAGCUCCCGGAUCCAAGGCUCUUCGCCACGCACGUCCCGUGGGUGGCGCUGCCGGCGGCCGCCGUUGCGUCGGGAUGCAAGGUCGUGUACAUGUGCCGCGACCCCAAGGACACCAUGGUCUCGCUCUGGCACUUCGUGAACAAGCUCAGGGUCAAGGAAUGGCUGGAGCCUCUCUCGGUGGAGAUCGCCGCCGACCUGUUCUGCGACGGCUUGUCGGCGUUCGGGCCCUACUGGGACCACGUGCUCGGCUACUGGCGCGCUCACUUGGCGCGCCCCGGGCAGGUGCUCUUCUUCAGGUACGAGGAGCUGUGGAAGGAUCCGCCGGCGCAUGUCCGGAGGCUCGCCGCGUUCAUCGGCCUCCCGUUCGACGUUGAUGAGGAGGAGAAUGGCGUGGUGGACGCCAUCGUGAAGCUAUGCUCGUUCGAGCACAUGGGCGGGCUGGAGGUGACCAAGAGCGGCAGGACGGAGUUUGUGGUUGGCGCGGUGGAGAACAGCUCGUUCUUCCGGCGCGGCGGGGUCGGGGACUGGGCGAACUAUCUGUCGCCGGAGUCAGCGCGGCGCAUCGACGCUAUUACCAAGAGCAAGUUCGAGGGUACAGGCCUCAGUUUGUAACCAGGGAAUGACAACACAUUGCGCUUACGCCUAUGUGAUGUCUGAUGUCUUGUAUCUAUCUUGUUAAGAGAAUCGCAGAUUUAUGUAUUAAAAUGAAGAGUGGAAUUGAUGGAACUUAAGAU